GACCUUGAAGAGAAGAUGCAGAUCCACGUGAUGGAGACGCUGAUGGGCAACACCAUCGACCUUGACUUCAACAGCCUAGACACUAUCGACAGCGUGAAGGCCAAGAUCUAUCGCCUCAAGGGCUUUCCUGUAGAUCAGCAGUGCCUCCUCUUCGCCGGCAAGCGUCUAGAGAACGGGAACCGCACCUUGGCAGACCACAACAUAUGCAUGGAGUCCACGAUACUCCUUGUCCUCCUCCCAUGUAUUCCGAGAGGACACAUGAUGCAGAUCUUCGUGAAGGGGAUAACUAGGAAGACCAUCACUCUCCAGGUUGGGAGCUCGGACACCGUCGAUAGUGUCAAGGUGAAGAUCUAUGAGAGGAACCACGCCCCUUUCCCGAAUGUGCAACGCCUCAUCUUUGCUGGCAGGCAGCUGGAGGGAGGGCGCACCUUGGCGGACUCCAAGAUUACAAAGCAUUGCACCCUUCAUUUGACUCUAGGGAGAAUGCAGAUCCACGUGAUGGAGACGCUGAUGGGCAACACCAUCGACCUUGACUUCAACAGCCUAGACACUAUCGACGGCGUGAAGGCCAAGAUCUAUCGCCUCGAGGGCUUUCCUGUAGAUCAGCAGUGCCUCCUCUUCGCCGGCAAGCGUCUAGAGAACAGGAACCGCACCUUGGCAGACCACAACAUAUGCAUGGAGUCCACGAUACUCCUUGUCCUCCUCCCAUGUAUUCCGAGAGGACACAUGAUGCAGAUCUUCGUGAAGGGGAUAACUGGGAAGACCAUCACUCUCCAGGUUGGGAGCUCGGACACCGUCGAUAGUGUCAAGGUGAAGAUCUAUGAGAGGAACCACGCCCCUUUCCCGAAUGUGCAACGCCUCAUCUUUGCUGGCAGGCAGCUGGAGGGAGGGCGCACCUUGGCGGACUCCAAGAUUACAAAGCAUUCCACCCUUCAUUUGACUCUAGGGAGAACGCAGAUCUACGUGAUGGAGACACUGAUGGGCAGGAUCAUCAACAACCUUGACGUUGACAUCCUAGACACUAUCGACCGUGUGAAGGCCAAGAUCUAUGCCCUCGAGGGCUUCCCCAUAGAUCAGCAGUGCCUCAUCUUCGCUGGCAGGCGCCUAGAAAACGGGAACCGCACCUUGGCAGACCACAACAUCUGCAAGGAGUCCACAAUACUCCUUGUCCUCCACCCGUGUAUUCCGAGAGGAGACAUGAUCCAGAUCUUCGUGAAGGUGCUGACUGGGAAGACCAUCACUCUCGAGGUUGGGAUCUUGGACACCAUUGAUAGCGUCAAGGUGAAGAUCUAUGAGAGGAACUACGCCCCUUUCCCGAAGGAGCAACGCCUCAUCUUUGCUGCCAGGCAGCUGGAGAGUGGCACCUUGGCGGACUACAAGGUUCAUGAGGAGUGCACCCUUCAUUUGUGUCUACGUCUUCGUGGUGGUUGA